AUGGAUCCAGCUGUCACACCCCUGCUUACGCGCAUUGGGCAACUGGCGGAGGACCUGAGUGAGCACGACAAAGUUUCUUCGAACGCGCAAACUGGAAGGGAGCUGCUGAAGACCGCGCAAAAGCUGUGUAUCGAGCUUCAAAGCCCUGGUCAGCUUGUGGAAGAAGUUCUUUUUGGCUCUGCAGACAACCUGCUCAUCAAGAUUGGGGUAGACUUGGGCAUCUUUAAGAUAUUGGUCGAAAGCGAUGGACCAGUCACGCUGGGACGGCUCGUUGAGCGCACCGGAAGCGAGAGGACGCUGCUUGAGCGUAUCAUGCGAGGUUUGGCAUCGAUCCAUGCCGUUAACGAAACCAGCACAGGCGGAUAUGAGUCAAGCAAGCUCACAAAGGCCUUCGCGUCGACCAAGGGUGAUGCUGGAGCUCGGCUUUUUUAUGACCUGGUCAUCCCGGGAAUGCAACCCCUUCCCAAAUUCCUUGCCGAAACGGGAUACAGAAACCCCACAGAUCCAUCCCAUCUCCCUUUCAACUUAGCAUUCGGACCGGACCUGUUCUUCCAGUGGGUGCCAAAGCACCCCGAGGUCCUUGAGAGACGAUGGAUGACGGCGCAGCGCGAAGGGCAUACGCCGUGGCUAGAUUUCUAUCCCUUCAAAGAGCGGAUAGCUCAGGGCUUCGAUUACCAAGAUCCAGAGGGCGUGUCACUGGUCGACGUCGGCGGAAGCAUGGGUCAGGAAAUCCAAGAGAUAAGGAAACGGUACCCAUCACUGCCAGGACGCAUGAUCCUUCAGGACCUGCCGAGCACCAUACAGCAAGUCCCUCCCAGCAAUGGCAUGGAAGCUAUGGCGCAUGAUUUCUUCACACCGCAGCCGAUCAAGGGAGCACGCAUAUACUACCUUCGCAACAUUCUUCAUGAUUGGGAUGACGAAAAAUGCAUCAAGAUUCUCCGAAACAUCGUGGCGGCAAUGAAGCCUGGAUGUUCCAAGGUAUUGGUGAACGAGUUCGCCAUUCCAGACCACGAUGCAUGCGCGUUCGCCAUGCGCUCGGACUCCAUGGUCAUGGCGCUGGCGGGGGCAGUGGAACGGACGGAGCGGCAGUGGCGGGAGUUGCUUGCAGCCGCCGGGUUGAAAAUUGAACGCAUUUUCACCGCUGAGUCGGAGUCGCAAAGCAUAAUUGAGGCGUGCCUGAUGUGA